CCCCAGCCCGCGGGGGCCCCGCAGCAGCCGCGGCCCGAGGAGGGCGCGGGUGCCGGGCCGGGAGAUGCGGGGGGACGGGCGGGCGCCGCGCACAAGCCCCGGAGGGCAGACUUCCCGCGGAAGCGGAAGCGCAGCCGCUGGAACCAGGACUCGCUGGAGCAGAAGACGGUGAUCCCCGGGAUGCCCACGGUGAUCCCGCCCGGGCUGACGCGCGAGCAGGAGCGUGCCUACAUCGUGCAACUGCAGAUCGAAGACCUGACCCGCAAACUGCGCACGGGAGACCUGGGCAUCCCCCCUAACCCCGAGGACAGGUCCCCCUCCCCGGAGCCCAUCUACAACAGCGAGGGCAAGCGCCUGAACACGCGGGAGUUCCGCACGCGCAAGAAGCUGGAGGAGGAGAGGCACAACCUCAUCACCGAGAUGGUGGCCCUGAACCCCGACUUCAAGCCCCCAGCUGACUACAAGCCACCGGCGACGCGGGUGAGCGACAAGGUGAUGAUCCCGCAGGAUGAGUACCCCGAGAUCAACUUCGUGGGGCUCCUCAUCGGGCCCAGGGGGAACACGCUGAAGAACAUCGAGAAGGAGUGCAAUGCCAAGAUCAUGAUCAGGGGCAAGGGCUCGGUGAAGGAGGGCAAGGUGGGCCGCAAGGACGGGCAGAUGCUGCCGGGCGAGGAUGAACCCCUGCACGCCCUCGUCACCGCCAACACCAUGGAAAAUGUCAAGAAAGCCGUGGAGCAGAUCAGGAACAUCCUGAAGCAGGGCAUCGAGACCCCCGAGGACCAGAACGACCUGCGCAAGAUGCAGCUGCGGGAGCUGGCGCGGCUCAACGGGACCCUGCGGGAGGAUGACAACCGGAUCCUGAGGCCGUGGCAGAGCACCGAAACGCGCAGCAUCACCAACACCACGGUGUGCACCAAGUGCGGUGGGGCCGGGCACAUCGCCUCCGACUGCAAGUUUGCCAGGCCCGGGGACCCUCAGUCGGCGCAGGACAAGGCACGGAUGGACAAGGAGUACCUGUCCCUCAUGGCCGAGCUGGGCGAGGCCCCGGUGUCCGUGAGCUCCAACGCCGCCCACAACAACAGCCCCUUGUCCAGCAGCCACCGUGCCGCCAGCCAGGCAGGGGGACAGCCCCCCCCGAUUGGCAUCUCCCAAAAUGACCUUCAGCCCCCCCUGAACCCCCAGAGCCCCCUGACCCCCCCUUUUUCCUACAGCGCUGCUCCCCCUGGAGCCGCCCCCCCCUGGAUGAGCUCGGCGCCCUCGGAGAACCGCCCCUACCACGGGCUGCACGGGGGGCCGGGGGGGCCAGGGGGACCCCACAGCUUCCCCCACCCCAUGGCUGGCAUGGGGGGGGGGCACGGGGGACACCCCCUGCAGCACACCCCCAACGGGCCCCCCCCGUGGAUGCAGCCCCAUCACCCCCCCAUGGGGGGGGGGCCGCACCCCCCGGGGCACCCCGGCCCCCACCACAUGGAUCAGUACCUGGGAAAUGCGCCGGUGGGCUCUGGGGUCUAUCGCCUGCACCAGGGAAAAGGUAUGAUGCCGCCGCCGCUGGGUAUGCUGCCCCCACCACCCCCCCCGCCCGGUGGGCAGCCCCCCCCCCCCUCCGGCCCCCUCCCUCCCUGGCAGCAGCAGCCGCCGCCGCCCCCCAGCAGCAGCAGCACCCCCUUGCCCUGGCAGCAAAAUACGACGACCACCACGAGCGCUGGCAGCGCCUCCCUCCCGCCCUGGCAGCAGCAGGCGGGGGGGGGUGCGGCGGGGGGGGGGGCGGCUUCUUCGGGGGCCCCCCCGCUCCCCGGCAGCCCCUCCAUGGUGCCUUUGCCCCCCGGGGUACAGCCCCCGCUGCCCCCCGGGGCCCCCCCCCCCCCCCCGCCGCCGCCUGGCUCCGGGGGCCUGAUGUACGCGCCCCCCCCCCCCCCGCCGCCCCCCCCCAUGGACCCUUCUAAUUUCGUCACCAUGAUGGGCAUGGGGGUGCCCGCCCUGCCCCCCUUCGGCAUGCCCCCCGCGCCCCCCCCCGCCGCCCCCCCAGAACUGAGCCUCGGACACUGCCGCUGCGGGGACCCCCCCCCAAAAAGAAACAAUCCAUCAGGGGUUUCCCCCCCCCCCCCCCCUCAAAAACACCAUGGGGUUCCCCCCCCCCCGUCAAGGACUGAUCCAUCGUGGGGAGACCCCCUCCCCAAAACACAGCGGGGAGCCCCCCUCAAGGACUAAUGGAUUGUGGGGGAACCCCCCUCCCCAAAAAGAUCAUAGGGAGCCCCCCCCCCCCAGACUGAUCCAUUGUGGGGAGCCCCCCCUGCCCCACCUGGGCUGUUCCAUCGUAGGGAGCCCCCCCCCCCCCCACCAUCCGCCAUGGGCUGUUCCAUGAUGGGGCGCUCCCCCCUCCAUGAACUGAUUGAUUUUGGGGUGCCCCCCUUGCCCAUGGGACCCCCCCCAAACCCCCCGGGACCACCUCGUGAACUGGUUUACCCCUCCCCUUCCCCCAAAAUCCCCAAAUCGGGGGUGGCCCUGAAUUGAGGGGGGGGGGGGGGAGGCGCAGGGGGCAGUGAGGAGGGGGGGGAAUGCUCGGUUAGUGGGGGGGGGGGGUCUGCAAGGGGGGGGGGUUGCAGCGACACAAAAACCUGAGCCCCCCUUCCAUCUCGGGGUCCCCCUCUCCCGCGUUACCCCCUCUUCGUUCUGGGCCCCCCCCCUCCCCAAAAAUCGCCCCCUUGUAGAGCCCCCCCCCCCGACCCCUCCUCCCCCGCGCUUUUUUUGUGUAUGAAUAAAGGAGCGGGACCCCCGUUGGGCCCCCCCC